UCUCUGGACGGCUUUGUGUUUGUGGUAAGCUCGGAGGGACGCUUCCUCUACAUAUCAGAGACUGUUUCCAUCUACCUGGGCCUCUCACAGGUAAGGCCCUGUACACACACACAACACACACACACACACACACACACACACACACUCACACACUUACUCACUCACUCACUCACUCACUCACUCAUACAGGCUACUCCCAUCAUCUCUCUUUUCAUAUCAGAUGUUGUAAUGUGUUUGGGUGUGUGUGUUCCCACCUUUGUGUGUGUCUGGAUGUCUUCGACUGUUCUCUUGUGCUUGUCUCUCUAGUUUCUCCCUCUCCCUCCCCGUCUCUCCGUCUCUCCGUCUCUGUCUGUCUGUCUGUCUGUCUGUCUGUCUGUCUGUCUGUCUGUCUGUCUGUCUGUCUGUCUGUCUGUCUGUCUGUCUGUCUGUCUGUCUGUCUGGUCUGUCUGUCUGUCUGUCUGCCUGCUGCCUGCCUGCCUGCCUGCCUGCCUGCCUGCCUGCCCUGCCUGCCUGCCUGUCUGUCUGUCUGUCCUGCCUGCCUGCCUGCCUGUCUGUCCUGCCUGCCUGCCUGCCUGCUGCCUGCCUGUCUGCCUGCCUGUCUGCCUGCCUGGCCUGCUGUCCUGCUGCCUGUCUGCCUGUCUGUCUGUCUGUCUGUCUGUCUGUCUGUCUGUCUGUCUCCUCUGUCUGUCUGUCUCGUCUGUCUGUCUGUCUCUCUCUCUCUCUCCUCUCUCUCUCUCUCUCUCUCUCUCUCUCUCUCUCUCUCUCUCUCUCUCUCUCUCUCUCUCUCCUCUCUCUCUCUCUCUCUCGCGCUCCUCGCUUCUCUCCGCUCUCGCUCUCUCCUCCUCCCUUCCUCCCUCCAGGUGCUAACCUCUGUUGAUUGCCUGUGGCCUCUUGUACUGUGAAUGUUAAGUCCUGCCAUUUCGACCAGAUGCAUAAAUAAUAACAGUAAUUACUGGCCCAACAAUCAAAGUGUCGCCCCUGCGCGCAGGGCCUGUCUAGGGGAGCAAAUCGAUAGCCAUCUUAAAAGCCCCAUUGAUUGUGGGGAGGAGAAAAAACACCAAGGGGGAUGGGAAGACAGAUAGGGAUAGAGAAAGAGGGAGGGAGGAGAGGAGGGAGUGAUAAGAUAUGUUUGGAAUAAAAAAGAUGGGGGGAUACAGAAUGAGAGAGAGGAAAGAGGGAACACAUUACAAUAGAGGUGGUAUUUGAGUGGAUUUUAAAAGGGGGGAUUUGGGAGAGAUUGGGAUUCCACCCCUGGUUGGAUUGGACUGUCCUGGAGAGAGGCUAGUAGUGGUGUGUGUGUGUGUGUGCCGGUGUGUUUGUGUCACAGUUCGGUAUUUCUCCUGUUAACUGUUGGUAAACACAAACUUAAAAUCAAAUUAUGAAAUAUAUCUGAACAGGUGUGAAAAGACUACACAGCCAAAUGGCAAUGGAAAGAGAGAGAGAAAUAGCGCACUGGGGAUUUUGGUAUGCAAAUAGAGCUUAAAUGUGCGGUUGAAGUGAAAUGUAUCAUGGGACUGAAUAGGUAAACAACAAAGGCCAUUAUUAUUCAUGAAACAGAUGGCCUCACUAGUCUCCUCAAACAGAACUAAACCCACCAGCCUUAAAACAAAAUUACAAUCAAGAUUUACGUUAAUUCCAAAACACACUGAAAGUCAAAAAAAAGAGAGAGAGACAGAAAGAGGGAGGAAGGUGUGAGAAGAGAACAAAUCCCUGUCUCUCAGGGAGGAGAGACGGAUAGAGAGAGAGAAAAACAAGUGAGAAGGGAGAUAGAACUAGUGGUUGUUGUUUGGAGGGCAUGGAUCUCUCUGUGGACCGCCCUGUCCUGUCCCCCAGCCGAACCCCUCUGCCCCGGCUUACCCACGGGGCCCCUCUCCAGACAGUGGGGUUUCUUAGACGGCUAUGUUCAGGUCAGGCACCUUGACCAAGGGCAGAACCCGCCGUCCGCUCUCCUGCUACCUGGAGGUGAUCAUGUCCCUCACCCCAGGUUUCCUGGGCGGAGAGGCCCGCUCUGAACCCGGGACACCAGGUCCUGCUGCUCAACCCCCCUUACCUCCUACCACGGCAGAGGGAGGACGGAUGGAUGGAGGGAGUGCGGGGAAUUGAUCCUGGACUAGUAUGCACCCCCAUCCUCCUGAUGCGGGAAUAUCCCAAAAAGAAGCAGUGGGGGGUAGAGAGUGGUUGUAGACGACGGAACGGAUGCCCCAGUAAGUAAAGCACCCGCUAGUUAUGAUAUCAUAGCUCAUGCAUGGUCCUACCAUCAUGAGGCAGAGAGAGUGUUGAGGAGAGUGAGAAGAAGGGGAGAGAGAGAGAGAGAGCGAGAGACAGGAGAGAGAGAGAGAGAAGCAGGAGAGGGGAAAAGUUGAGAAGAGAGACAAUGUAUAAGAGAGAGGAGUAGUAGGGAGAGAGGGGAGGGGAGGGAGAGAAGGGGAAGAGAGAGAGGAAAGAGAGGAGACGAGGAGAGAGGUGCAGGGAGAGAGAAUGGAGAGAGACAGAGAGAGAAGGGGAGCGCAGAGAGAAGGGAGAGAGAUCAGAGAGAGAGUUCUCAUGAGCUCGUCUGUAUUUAUCUGACUCUCUCUCGCUCUUCUAUUAUUUUCUCUCUCUUCUCUCCUCUCUCUCUCUCUCCUCUCUCUCUCUCUCUCUUUUCUCUUUCUCUCUCUCUCCCUCUAUCUUUCAUCUGCCUCUUUCCCCAAAAGGUUUUUCUCUCUCUCCUCCCUGUGAUGAACUGACAGUAGACUGACAGGUAAAGUACCAUAGACGUCUGUAUUGCCCUUUACUGAGGGAGGGCAAAGGACUGUGGGAAGCCUGGGGUCCUCCAGGGCUGACUUCCUGUCUAUGCCAGGAGAUUCUGGUCCAUUUACGUCUCGUUUAGCUCUAGCAACUCAUUAACACCGGGCUGUUUUAAAACUUUUAUCUCUCCGCUGAUCCCUCGUUACUUACUCCCCUCUUCUCUCCUUCAGUUUUUUAUACUUUACAGGAGUUAGCCCUCCUUUUUUUCUCUUUGUUCACACUUGUGCUCCCUCGCUCAGCUCUCUGGCUGUGAUGUCCUUUAAUGCCUGCUGGAAAUCCCAUAAAGCCCACACUAAAUGGUUCUAAUCAUGCACUAAAUGGGUAUGUCCUACAGACAAGGGUGUGAGGCUGCAGGCAGGCAGCCAAGCAGGCAGCCCAGCAGGGAGAAGGCAGGCAGGGAGUAGGCAGGGAGCAGGCAGGCAGGGAGCAGAUAGGGAGCAGGCAGGCAGGGGGUAGGCAGGCAGGGAGCAGGCAGGGAGCAGGAAGGGAGUAGGCAGGCAGGGAGCAGACAGGGAGCAGAGAGGGAGUAGGCAGGCAGGGAGCAGACAGGGAGCAGGCAGGGAGUAGGCAGGCAGGGAGCAGACAGGGAGCAGGAAGGGAGUAGGCAGACAGGGAGUAGGCAGGCAGGGAGCAGGCAGGGAGGGAGCAGGCAGGGAGCAGACAGGGAGUAGGCAGGGAGUAGGCAGGGAGGGAGCAGGCAGGCAGGGAGCAGACAGGGAGCAGGUAGGGAGUAGGCAGGGAGGGAGUAGGCAGGGAGUAGGCAGGGAGGGAGUAGGCAGGCAGGCAGGCGCUUUAUCAGAUGGAAUGGAAUCUAACCCGCUCCGAUUGUGUUUUUAUGGGUGCCAUGCAAGAGCACUGCUAUUAUUACCUUAAAUUAUUAGAGUAGGAUACUAUGAUGCACGAGGAUGAUAGCUGGGAGGUGUUAGUGUUCUUUAUCCCUUUCUGAGAGUGGGCUAGACACGCUCAUGCCUAUGAAUUAAUAGGGAAUGAAUGAACAGAUUAAAAUAGUAAAAUCUGACCUUCAGAGAUGCUAUAUCCCUGCUGUGUUUUAGCUUACUUUAAUCACCAAAUACAAUUGAUUUUUAUCCUUCCGAUGUUAUAUGUGUAUUAUUGUAAUCUGUGUCUGCCCCCCAGCUCAGUGGUGUGUGUGUGACGUGCGUGUGUGUGUGUGUGGUAGUGUGCAUUCAUGUGUUCAUGCAUGUAUGUUUGUGUCUGUGCUACACCCUGUCUCAUAUCUACAUUUGAUUGUGUGUAGGUGGAGUUGACGGGCAGCAGUGUGUUUGACUACAUUCACCCUGCGGACCACGUGGAGAUGGCAGAGCGUCUGGGAAUCAGGCCCCACCUGAGGGCCGAGGCUGGCUGCCACGUGGCACCCGAGAGUGCCUCCAGCUCUGCCUCCACAUCCUCCCUGGCCGGGACCCCCGAGCCUGGUACGUCUCUGAUGUGGUCCAAAUCUUGUCCAAAUGUGGUUGCUCCCAAGUUAACACUGUCGUCCCCUCGUCUCGUCAUAGCCCCCUCAAGCCCUCUCUCUCCUGGGAACGAACCUCCUGACCGAGGCUUCUUCAUCCGUAUGAAGUCCACCCUCACCAAGAGAGGCCUCCACGUCAAGUCCUCGGGCUACAAGGUCAGAGUAAGAGACAUAUAUAAAGACAUCAAACUCUCCAUUCCUAGAAAUUAUUCAGACUGUGUGUAAUGUAUAGGGUAGCAAAAUUCUGUUUUCCUGUUUAUUCCCUCGUAAAUCCAGAAAUCCUGAGAAUUUUUGAAAGUUACACACAUUUUGCAACUCUAGUAAUGUAGUACUCACCAUUCAUUCAGUAGAUACACUGUACAUGUACAACCAUGCAGGUUGUUGUAAACUCUAUUCUAUUCCUGUCAGGUGAUCCAUGUGACCGGGCGAAUCCGUUGUCGCCCUGCCAUGGUGCCAGGCUCCGCCCGCUCGGUGCGUCGGCCAAUGGGCUUGGUGGCCCUUGCGCACACGCUCCCUCCCUCCACGCUGAACGAAGUGCGCAUGGAGAGCCAUAUGUUUGUCUUCCGGGUCAACAUGGAUCUGCAGGUCACUUACUGCGAGAACAGGUACAGCUACAGUGACACACAACGGCACACAACAACACAACAACACACAACACCACAACAACACAGCAACACAACAACACACAACAACACAACAAUACAGCAACACAACAACACAGCUACACAACAACACAGCAACAACACAACAACACAACAACACAGCUACACACAGGGACAGAUGUCUGUAUGGGGUGCAUAUAUGGUUGUACUGUGAAGAUGUUUGUGGGUGUAUUUGAUUAAAUUAAGAAAUGGUAUGUGUUUGUUUGCCUGUGUAUGUGCGUCUAUAUGUUUACAUCAUGUGGAUAAUACCAUUAUUGUUCCCUGUAGGAUCUCAGAGUACAUGGACCUGAGCCCAGUUGAGGUGGUGGGACACACCUGCUACCACUUCAUCCACGUAGAAGACCUGGAUAACAUCAGACAGAGCCAUGAGGACUGUGAGUCAAUGCCCACCCUGUGUGUGUGUGUGUGUGUGUGUGUGUGUGUGUGUGUGUGUGUGUGUGCGUGCGUGCGUGCGUGCGUGCGUGCGUGCGUGCGUGCGUGCGUGCGUGUACCUUUGAACGUUAACAUUUUGACUAAGUUCAUAUUUUGCAAUCAGCGCCCUCUGCUGCCAAAGUCCUGUAGUGCUAUUCCAACUUACACAUUAUUCUCUCCCCCUCUCCCCUCCCUCUCUCUCUCGCUCUCUCUCUCCCAGUGUUGAGGAAGGGUCAGGUGGUGACAGGGUACUACCGUUGGCUCCAGAGGAGAGGGGGGUAUCUGUGGGUCCAGUCCUGUGCCACUGUCUCCAUCAACCACAAAGCCCCCCACGAACGCAACGUGAUCUGGGUCAACUACGUCAUCAGGUCAGCACCGUCACCAGUCAGCCCCGUCGCUAGUCAGCCCCGUCACCACAGUAGCCUUAGGUCAAACACAGCACACAACACAUCCAACAUUAUGCUCUUAGACAAAGAGUCCAACUCCUUCAGGCCACCGUCAUUUUUAUAUACUAAACUGUAAUUACAGUAAUUAAUUUUAUUAUAGCAUUAUGUAUAGCUUUGUUCAUUUACAACACCUAUAUGAUACAAGUACUCGCACAUGGAUUCAAGGAAAUUCUAUAUUUUCCUUUGUCUCUCUCUUGGAACCCACAACCCCCACAACCCCCACCACCUAAACACACAUACACAGUCAAAGACAAACAGACACACAUGGACACACAGAGCAAGAGAGGAGUCAGACAAAAACAAGGGGAACAGGCUGAAUUACAAUACUAAUUGGAGCAGCGCUAUAUAAUUACAACAAAUGGAUGUCAGAAUGUUGGGUCUGAAUGGUGUUUUAGUUAAUUAGUGCUGUAAUUACAAGUGCUCAUUAACUUCUCCAGCAGCAGCCCCCCAAUCCUGUCUGGGCUCAGUUCUUUACGGGUGGGCUCCUGAGUGGAGCAGGGCUGGCUACGGGAGAGCAAUGGUGGCUGGUAUGUGUGUGUGUGUGUGUGUGUGUGUGUGUGCGUGCAAUUGGGGGGGGUUGUUGGAUACAGCGGGUUGGGAGUAACUGAUGGGGGGUAUUAGUGGAGAAGUGGGAUGGUUGGAGAGGGUUGUUGAUAGAUGAGGGUAAUGGUAGGAAGGAAGUUGAUGGGAGACAAAACAAAAUACACAAUUUAAUCUAAGACCAUAUAUCUGUAAAGGACUCACUGCACCCAUCUUGCUAAAUCAGGAGACAUAAACAGUGGUUUGCUGCAGCACUCAAGAGCUGUAAAAGGUGCAUUUAUUUUAUUUUAUUUACUCUCUCCCUUUCUCUCUCCCUUUCUCUCUUCUCUCUCUCUCUCUCUCUCUCUCUCUCUCUCUCCCUCUCUCUCUCUCUCAGUCGGACAGAGCUCCCAGACACUCCCCUGGAUCUGCUGCAGCUCCCAGAGAGUCUGAGGGCGGAGCGUCUGAAAGCCAGCUCCUCCCCUUCGGAACACUCGCCCCAAGCCCGGGGUAAGGAACCACACAGGCAAACAGACACACACACACCACACGUACUGUACAUUGAAUCAUUCACACAUACACAAACAUACAUGAUGGGGCGGCAGGUAGCCUAGCGGUUAAGAGCAAUGGGCCAGUAAUCAAAAGGUCGCUGGUUCAAAUCCCAGAGACCACUAGGUGAACAAUCUGCCAAUGUGCCCUUGAGCAAGACACGUAACUCUAAUUGCUCCUGUAAGUAGCUCUGGAUAAGAGUGUCUGCUAAAUGACUAAAAUGUAAUGAUACAUCCACAUUUUCCUCAUGAAAAACAUAUCUAACUCUCCCCCCCAGGCCCACAGCCAAUGAAAAGCUCUGUGUGUAAAGGUGACCCUGACUCUAAACUGAGAGAGAUCUAUAAUCCCGGCGUCCAAUCAGGGGACAGGAGGAAGCGUCCGCUGCAAUCUGACUCUGAAGGUGCUCCCCCAGAAACGCGGCGUCGCCUGGAAGAGUUUCGCCAGAGAGAGGGGAGUGUGUCAGCCUCCUCAGACCUGGGCAGUGAGAGCGAGGGAGAGGAGCGAGAGUGGGAGCAGGGGGGAGACAGCGGGAGGGUCAAACGAGAGGAGGGGCCUUCGAAACGAGGCGGGGAGACCCCCAUGAGGGGCGAGAGAGGUGGCAGGGUGCACAACGGCCGUGCGGUAAUCCAGCACCUGAAGAGUGUAGUGUCCUCGCCUCUCUCUGGUCCCCCCAACAUUAAGACUGAACAUGAGGCACUGGCCACAGGGGGUCGCUGGACACACACACACACCUCCUCACACACACAACCCCCACCCUCACACACACACACACCCUGCGGCAGCCUGAACGGUGACAGUCCCCCCACCCCUAUCCCAGACUCCUCCUCCAGCAGUGAAGCCCCACCCAAAGGUAUUUUCACCCCACCCUCUCCCGCCAUGUCCCCUCCCAUGUCCGGCUCCUCCCCUCUACCCUUUGAGGAGCGGGGCAUGUUGUCUGGAGGCCGGGGGGGCGGGUCUGACUUUGAGCUGUUGCAUAGACUGGCAGCGGGGGGUGCUGCAGGACGGGUGCUGUUCCACCCCCUGGCCCUCGGCCCCCAGGGGCCACAGAGCCUGUAUGCCCCCAGUACCAUCCGCUAUGCGCCCCCAGAGCUGCCCACCUCCCACCACGGUGCUGAGGGGCUGCGCUCCGACCACCACAAGGGCCCCCCAGCCUUCUUCCCCCACCUCCAGAGGCUGGCCAGCCUGCCCUCCUUCAGUGGGUUCUCCGCCUCUGACAAUCCCUUCAACCCCUUCUGUAUGAACGGACUGAGGGGGGCCGCAGGGUCCGAGGAGGACUGA